ACUUGCUAAGGGUCGGUUCAAAUUACAAGUAUCUCCUUUUUCACAUCAGAGUUGCGCCAUAUUCAUCUAAAUGUCGCUGGAGUUUUGGUGCAGCCACCACUAGAGGUGGACGAUAUACUCUCGUUUUGGGUGGGAUGGACUUCUACAAACUACUGUUUCGACACAUUCCUCGGCAAUACUUAAAGUUUGUCGUUAAGAUCUGAGCUGCGAAUACGUUAAGGUUUUCUCAAAACAAAAUUGGAACCUCUUCAAUAUUUACCUGUGUAAACCUGCCACAUUUGAUCGCUGAGGACACAGGCUACCUGUUCCUGUACUUCAUAAGAACGAAGAUGAGUGAAGAGUGAACGUUUUGCUUGUUUUUGCAACGCUUCAUGAACGGCUUAUCUACUAAGCGCGGGAUGGGAUCUUGGCUAAAAGGCAGGAGCUAACUUCGACAAGGUGUAGCAUUAAAUAUGAGAAUUUGAGUAACAGGAAGCCUACACUCUUGCAUGACUCUGAGGACAAAGGAGGCGCGGCGUUUACUGAAGAGGAACGUUUUAUUAGAAUACAGGUAGUUUGAAAUAAUCAGAUUAAGGAGCAUCGCCACUGUGAUGUGACUUACUGCGAGUACUGACGUUCACGGGAGGAUAAGACACUUUGAGAAAAGUGAUUUUUGGGACUUCCACUAGCAUGGAAACCUGAAAUAUCCCUCUAUAACGGAAUUGUUUUAACUUACUGAGAUGAGGCCGUUAAAGCUCUUUGGUCCAACUGCCUUUGGACUUUUGUGGAGUUGCUGGGGCUUUCUACAAUGCGUUCAGUGUGGUUUGGGAGACAACCAUGUGCAUUCUAGUUUCAUUUACAGGAGGUUGCGUAACCACGAACGGAGAGAGAUUCAGAGAGAAAUUCUGUCUAUUUUGGGUUUACCGCACCGUCCCAGGCCGUUUUCUCCGGGAAAACAAGCGUCGUCGGCCCCUCUGUUUAUGCUGGACCUAUACAACGCCAUGUCGACGGAGGAGGAAGACGGGACGCUGGAGGGAACUGGGAAAGGGUCCCCGGGAAAGACCCCGGGAAGUUCGCGUAAAGGGUUCUAUGGCUCUCCACAUGGAUACUCCCGCGCAGCGCAGCCGUAUCGCUCUGCCUCUCUUGCUAGUCAAAGCCCUCCGCUGGCUACCUCACACGACACCAACUUUCUCAACGACGCCGACAUGGUCAUGAGCUUUGUCAACUUGGUGGAGAGAGACAAGGACUUUUCCCCCCAGCGGAGACACUACAAAGAGUUUCGCUUCGACCUGACGCAGAUACCGGACGGGGAGGCGGUGACCGCCGCCGAGUUUCGCAUCUACAAAGACCGCAGCCACGCCCGCUACGAGAACGUCACCCUGAAAGUCAGCGUCUACCAGGUGAUCAAGGAGCACCAGAACAAGGACGCUGAGACGUUCUUGCUGGACUCCAAAAAACUGAGAGCGUCUGACGGGGGCUGGCUGGUGUUUGACAUCACGGCCACCAGUAACCACUGGGUGCUCAACCCCCAACAGAACAUGGGCCUACAGCUCGCCGUGGAGACCAUGGACGGGCGAAGCAUCAACAUGAAGUCGGCGGGCAUCGUGGGGCGGAACGGCCCGCAGGCCAAGCAGCCCUUCCUGGUGGCCUUCUUCAAAGCCAGCGAGGUGCUGCUGCGCUCGGUGCGAGCCGCCGGGGGCAAGCGCAAGAACCAGAACCGGAACAAGUCCGCGGGGCAGCAGGAGAGCGCGCGCGCGCACAAGGGAGGAGACCAAAACAUCAGCGAACCGAAGCAAGCCUGCAAGAAGCACGAACUGUACGUGAGUUUCCGAGACCUGGGCUGGCAGGACUGGAUUAUUGCGCCUGAAGGAUACGCCGCCUUUUACUGCGACGGAGAAUGUUCCUUCCCUCUCAACGCGCAUAUGAACGCAACCAACCACGCCAUAGUGCAGACCUUGGUCCACCUUAUGUUCCCGGACAACGUGCCCAAGCCGUGUUGCGCCCCGACCAAACUGAACGCUAUCUCCGUCCUGUAUUUCGACGACAGCUCCAACGUUAUCUUGAAGAAGUACAGGAACAUGGUGGUGCGUUCCUGUGGCUGCCACUGAGAUAGCGCUCGCUAGCCUUUCGGAUGAGCCGCGGCGAUGGAAGACGUAUCAGCGGCACAGAUGCUCUAUCUGAGGUGUGAUGUACAGUGUUAUGUAUAUAUUAGUUCUUUGUACUUAUUUAUUUCCCCCUUGGGAUAAUACUCCUUAUUCCUCCCCCCCCCUUCAUGUUAAAAUGAAUAUCAUUCAAGUCAGCCAUCGAACCAAACUAUAAAGGAGAUAUGAAAAUGAUUCAUGUGGCCAUCUGACGAUAUUUAGCUACUAUAUGCACAGAUAUCAUUACAGCUGCUUAUGUAUGAAUGGUCUGGAUGGUUAACUGCAUAGAAAAAGGAUAAAAUCGGGGCCCACAGGCCUGCUACUGACCAUCUCUUACCAUAAUACAUGUAUUUUUUAAUCCUUGUUUUUAACAUUCAAGGGCAUUUUUUUCAUUAACCACUCAAGCCAAGCUUGUGUUUGCUGCUAUGUGUUUAGAGGUUAGAAUCCCCAGAGGAUGGGUAUUAUUCUUGUUUUUUUUUUAAAACAGAAUCCAAAUCCACUUUGUCAUUACCUGUUUAAUAACCUUACUUUUAUUCAAAUAGUUUUCAUUCCUAAUAACAGGACCUUAUGUUACUUGAGAGGUUUCAGUUCCCCAAAUCUGUUGUUUUAAUUGGACUGCCAUAUUACUGAUUAUACCUAUUCUAAGGAAAACAAUGGUGAGGAGAAGUAAAUCAUUUUGGCUACACCACAGUGCACUUCUGUGCCCACAGCACAUUCUGAUACAGGGACAGACUGACCUGAAUCCUUCUUUCAGAUGUGGAAGAAAAACACAUAGGUUGAAUUUAUUUCUUUCCACACUGACCUGGCACCACUUCUGUUGAGAGUAAAGUACCAAGUUAAAAAGGAAGCUUGUAUCAUGACUGAGCCCCUGUUCAUUGCCAUUUGUGUAUUUUCUCAAAAUAUUUCUGCUCCAUUAGCAAUUUGACACUAAUAAUGUUUACAUUUAAGUAUAGACCUUAAAUGUUCUAUAUCAUUAAAAUUUGGGAGAGAAAACUUGUGGUUGUUUAUGUAGUAGCCUUACCUUAAUGGAUAUAAAGAAUACACAUAAUUUGUUACAUCAAAUAACUAAAGCUGAAAGAGACUUCCUUGGAUCCAAAAUAUUUCAAACAUGCUGCAGAAUAUUUUUUUCCAACUCAGCCAAUGAUCAAAUGUAAAAGAAAUGGCCUGUAAUGUUCUCUUAGCCUGUUUUAGAUAUAAGAAGUGUUAUACAUUUUAUUUGUGGCAAGAAAAUAAAAUGUGAAAGUAGGCCAGCCACUCCCAAACAGAAUAUAUGACAGAAGGAAGUGGAAGUUUGUAUCAAUACAUUCAUAUUUCACCCAAAGAAGAAUUCUUUAACCAUACCCCACGAUUAAGGAAAGAAAUAUACUUUAGGGAAAAAAUGUAUUUUUGUUUAAUGCGUGAUUAGUAUCCAUAGAUUCUUAUGCUUUUUUCAUGAAACUUCUUCUGUUAACGAGUAAUAUAUUUUUUAAAAACGAAAGAUGUACUGUAUAAGGGUGCUGUUUAUAUGUUAUUAAAUGUCUUUUUAAAA